AUGUCAGGAAGUGAUUUUCGUCUGCUUGAUGAUGACACUCAGUUCAUGGACAAGUAUCCUAAUGGGCUUUCUUUAGUUGAUUUGCUGCCAUUUUAUGACUCCAUCGCUAAAAAUGAACCGCUUAAAUUAGAAUGGGUUUGUCCAGGGAAGAUCGAUCCUAACGUUCAGAGGGAAACAACCAAAAUUCGUACCGAAACAAAUGAUAAUCCUGCCCCGAAGGUUUCAGAAUCCUUAACUAGUAUUGUAAAGCUAAAGGAGUUCGACUUUGAUGAGUCUCCAAAUCAACCAUCUAUUCCUUCAGUUCCACUUGGUGCUGCUGCUCAAAAUGCAAACUUGCCACUUAGACGUCUAGCAGGCACUUCCAGACAUCCGCCUCGUCAACCGCGUGUAGCUAGUAUGGAUAAAAUAUUAAAUGACUUCUUCAAAACGCGCAAAGAGCCUUCUUCCCCUGCGGUUGUGACUGAAAUAUCCACUUCAUCUAUUGCUCCAAGUGCUUUACAUUGUAUUACAUCGUCUGAAAUUUCCCAGGUAACUAAUAUUUUCACUGAGACAAACAACAGCAGCAAUAAUAACUCCGAACAGGAUAAACAAGAAGCCCUUGUUGCUGAACUAGCUAAAGCUUCAGUGUCACCACAAGUUUAUAAUCAUCCAGAUAAUAUACCUUCAGAUUUCACACCACACGACAAUUCUAAUGUACGAAUUACCUCAAUUGAUCAGGAGAUUUCUGCUUCUGUUGUAAACAUUUGUGAUGAAAGAAUAAUGGAACGUCAUAAAUUAGAAGAUUAG